UCCAAAGUUUUGGAGAGACAGAGAUCUGGGAGGAACCCAAACUUCUCGGCACCCUUGAGAAAAGAUUGUGCUCCCUACUCAGAGAGAGAGAGAGUUGUGACUUGUGAGUUAUGGGUUUUCUUGGGGUCGUCAAGAAGCCUCAUGUGGUUUGUAUCCCAUACCCAGCACAGGGCCACAUCAACCCUAUGUUGAAGCUAGCAAAGCUCCUCCAUUACAAAGGCUUCCAUGUAACCUUUGUUAACACUGAAUACAAUCACCGCCGCUUGGUCAAGUCUAGGGGCCCUGAUUCUGUUAAAGGCUUACCCGGCUUCAGGUUUGAAACCAUUCCUGACGGUCUUCCACACUCUGAUGACAUUGAAGCCACCCAACACAUCCCAUCCCUUUGUGACUCAACUAGAAAAACCUGCUUAUCUCCUUUUCGCAAUCUCCUUUCCAAACUUAAUGAUUCUUCGUCAUCUGACACUCCUCCGGUUAGUUGCAUCGUCUCCGAUGGGGUCAUGAGCUUCACUCUCACUGCCGCUCAAGAGUGUGGUAUCCCCGAAGUUUUGUUCUGGACUACUAGCGCUUGUGGCUUCAUGAGCUAUGUACACUAUCCCCAUCUCAUCCACAGAGGUCUUACGCCACUCAAAGACAUCAACUACUUAACAAAUGGGUAUUUGGACACCACCAUCGACUGGAUUCCUGGAUUGGUCAAGGAUAUUCGUUUAAGGGAUCUUCCAAGCUUUCUGCGGACUACUGAUCCCGACGACAUCAUGCUUGACUUUGUAAAGGGAGAAGUGCAGAGAGCUAAAAAAGCUGAGGCCAUUAUUCUCAACACCUUUGAUGCUCUUGAACACGAUGUCUUAAAUGUACUUUCAUUCAUGUUUCCCCGCGUUUACUCCAUAGGUCCACUUCAGUUGCUCCACAACCAGAUCCCGGAGAAUGGGUUAAAAUCUAUUGGGUCCAAUCUAUGGCAAGAACAACCAGGGUGUCUAGACUGGCUGGAUUCCCAGAAACCCAACUCGGUUGUGUAUGUGAAUUUUGGCAGCAUCACCGUCAUGACGCCUGAACAACUUGUGGAGUUUGCCUGGGGACUCGCUAACAGCAAUCAMACCUUCUUGUGGGUAAUUCGACCUGAUCUCGUGGUCGGUGACUCCGCACUUCUACCUCCCAAGUUCAUAACAGAUACCAGAGAAAGAGGUCUACUAGCUAGUUGGUGCCCACAAGAACAGGUCCUAAACCAUCCAUCCAUUGGAGCCUUUUUAACACAUAAUGGGUGGAAUUCUACAAUCGAAAGCAUUUGUGGUGGGGUGCCUAUGAUCUGCUGGCCAUUCUUUGCCGAACAACAAACCAACUGUCGUUACGUUUGUACUGAAUGGGGCAUGGGAAUGGAGAUUGAUAGCAACGUCAAGAGGGAUGAAGUCGAAAGUCUCGUCAAACAAAUAAUGGAGGGAGAAAAGGGCAAGGAAAUGAAGAAGAGGACUCUGGAAUGGAAGAAGAAAGCAGAAGAGGCCACAUAUCAGGAUGGUUCGUCUUAUUCCAAUUUGGACAAAAUGAUUAAAGAAGUGCUUCUCUCAAAAUAAGCAACUACAGUAAAUGACAUCUCUUUGUCUUUCCCUCCCUGUGGCAUACUAUCCGUGUUUGUAUUUUU